AAUACCUUCUCAGCGUGUUUAAGUUAACCUUUAAUAUGCUUUUGUAAUGUUAAAUAUUAUGUUUUUGUGAGGCUUAAUUAAACAUAUUUAUGGAUUUUUUUCAGCAUCUUGCUAGUGGAAUUAAUAAUAAGGAAUCGUUCAUUGUAAGAGGUACGGAUUGCAAGGACAAAGAGUAUCCAGCUAUUGGUGCUCUUCACUAUGGGAAUCAAUUCAUAUGCACUGGAUCUGUCAUAGAUGAGCGUUUCUUCCUUACAGCUUCACAUUGUGUCGUUGGUUCAGGAGGUGUUCCAGCUCCCGCUUCCAACUUUAAAGUCGUUUUAGGUAACGUGAGCCGCUCUUCUAAUGCUCAUGUCUAUACAUUUUCUAAAGUAAUUUCUCAUGAAGAGUAUAAUGAUGGAACAAUAGCAAAUGACAUUGCUCUAAUGAAAUUUUCUAAGCCUGUAGAUUUCAGUAGUGAUUAUAUAAAACCCCUCUGUAUACCUUCGAAAAAUAGAAAGUUUGAAGGGCAAGAAGCUAUGGCUGUCGGUUGGGGUAGAGAUGAAAACGGGAACAUUCCCGAAGUUUUAAAAAAGGUGGAAGUGGAUGUGUGUAGUAAGCGUUAUUGUUCUUUUGUUUAUUAUCUUUUAUCUCAGGGAAGACUUGAGAUUUCUGAUAAGCAAAUAUGCUCUGGAUCGAGAAUGAAAGGCGUUUGCAAUGGUGAUUCCGGUGGUCCAUUAAUCAUAAAAAUGGAAGAUAAAUUCGUCACCAUAGGCGUGACAUCAUUCGGUUCCUUUUUAGGAUGUGCUUUUCCAUUUGUGCCAGCGGUUUAUACAAGGGUGACACAUUAUUACGAUUGGAUAAUGGAAAACGUUGAAAAUGGAACGGUGUGCGUUGUUUAG